CGCCGCCCGCCGCCCGCGCCUGUGCCCGCCGCUGCCCGCGCCGGUCGCAUGGCGCUCCGGGACUUCUGCAGCACCGAUGGCUCCGCGUCCUUCUGGGAAUGGAACGUCACGUGGACCACCAACAACCCUGACUUCACCAAGUGCUUUCAAAACACAGUGCUCAUAUGGGCACCUUGUCUCUACCUCUGGGGUUGCUUCCCCUUUUACUUCCUCUACCUGUCCCGCCACGAUCGAGGCUAUAUCCAGAUGACACACUUCAAUAAAGCCAAAACUGCCUUGGGAUUCCUGCUGUGGCUCGUGUGUUGGGCUGACCUCUUCUACUCUUUCUGGGAAAGACAUGCAGGCAGGUUCCCGGCCCCUGUGUUUCUGGUUAGCCCAACCAUCCUGGGCAUCACCAUGCUGCUGGCAACUUUUCUAAUCCAGCUGGAGCGCAGGAAGGGGGUCCAGUCCUCAGGGACCAUGCUCAUCUUCUGGUUGAUCGCCUUCCUGUGUGCACUGGUCAUCCUAAGGUCUAAAAUAAUGAACGCCCUCAAAGAGGAUACCCAGGUGGACGUGUUCCGAGACUCUACCUUCUACAUUUACUGCUUGCUCGUGCUGGUGCAGCUUGUGCUGUCCUGCUUCUCCGACCGAGCACCCCUGUUCUCCGAGACCGUCAAUGACCUGAACCCAUGCCCAGAAUCCGGUGCAUCCUUCCUUUCCAGGAUCACUUUCUGGUGGAUCACAGGGUUGAUGAUUAAGGGCUAUCGGCACCCCCUGGAGAGCACUGACCUUUGGUCCCUGAACAAGGAAGACAUGUCGGAGCAGGUGGUGCCCGAACUGGUGCAGAACUGGAAGAAGGAAUGUACCAAAGCUCGGAAGCAACCAGCAAAGGUUGUAUACUCAGCCACGGGGCCCGCCAAGCCCAAGGGCAGCUCCCAGCUGGAUGUGAGCGAGGAGGCUGAGGCGCUGAUCGUCAAGUCCCCGCAUGGGGAGAAGGGCCCAUCCCUCUUCAAGGUGUUGUACAAGACCUUUGGGCCCUACUUCGUCAUGAGCUUCUUCUUCAAGGCCAUGCAUGACCUCAUGAUGUUCAUGGGCCCCUUGCUCCUCAGGCUGCUCAUCAACUUUGUCAACGACAAGCAGGCCCCGGACUGGCAGGGCUAUUUCUACACAGUGUUGCUGUUCCUCAGUGCCUGCCUACAGACCGUGGUGCUGCACCAGUACUUCCACAUCUGCUUUGUCAGCGGCAUGAGGGUCAAGACAGCUGUCAUUGGCGCCGUCUACCGAAAGGCUCUGGUGAUCACCAACUCAGCCAGGAAGUCAUCCACGGUUGGAGAGAUCGUCAACCUCAUGUCAGUGGAUGCUCAGAGGUUCAUGGAUCUGGCCACAUACCUUAACAUGAUCUGGUCAGCCCCUCUGCAAGUCAUCCUUGCUCUCUUCUUCUUGUGGCAGAACCUGGGUCCUUCAGUGCUGGCCGGCUUGGUGGUAAUGAUCCUCAUGGUCCCUGUCAAUGCCGUGAUGGCCAUGAAGACCAAGACUUACCAGGUGGCUCACAUGAAGAGCAAGGACAACCGCAUCAAGCUCAUGAAUGAGAUUCUAAAUGGGAUCAAAGUGCUGAAACUCUACGCUUGGGAGCUGGCAUUCAGGGACAAAGUGCUGGAAAUCCGACAGGAGGAGCUGAAGGUGCUCAAGAAGUCGGCCUACCUGGCGGCUGUGGGUACCUUCACCUGGGUCUGCACACCUUUCCUGGUGGCGCUGUCCACAUUCUCCGUCUAUGUGAUGGUCGACAAGAACAAUGUGCUGGACGCCCAGAGAGCCUUUGUGUCCCUGGCCCUGUUCAACAUCCUCCGCUUUCCACUCAAUAUCCUGCCCAUGGUCAUCAGCAGUGUUGUGCAGGCGAGUGUGUCCCUGAAACGCCUCCGUGUCUUCCUGUCACACGAGGAGCUGGACCCUGACAGCAUUGAGCGGCGGUCCAUCAAGGAUGGUGGCAUCACACACAGCAUCACUGUGAAGAGUGCCACGUUCACCUGGGCCCGGAGUGACCCACCCACACUGAACAGCAUCAGCUUCUCAGUGCCAGAGGGUGCCCUGGUGGCCGUGGUGGGCCAGGUGGGUUGUGGGAAAUCUUCCCUGCUCUCUGCACUCUUGGCUGAGAUGGACAAGCUGGAGGGACACGUGACUGUGAAGGGUUCUGUGGCCUACGUCCCCCAGCAGGCCUGGAUCCAGAAUGGCUCUCUGCAGGAGAACAUCCUGUUUGGACGCCCACUUCAGGAGGGCUAUUACCAGGCGGUCAUUGCAGCCUGUGCCCUCCUGCCAGACCUGGAAAUGCUACCCAGCCGCGACCGGACAGAGAUUGGGGAGAAGGGUGUGAACCUGUCUGGGGGCCAGAAGCAGCGUGUGAGCCUGGCCCGCGCCGUCUACUGCAACUCAGACAUCUACCUGUUCGAUGAUCCCCUGUCAGCCGUGGAUGCACACGUGGGCAAACACAUCUUUGACAAAGUCAUCGGCCCCAAGGGGAUGCUGAAGCACAAGACACGGCUUCUGGUCACUCAUGGCAUCAGCUACCUACCGCAGGCCGAUGUGGUCAUCGUUUUGAACGGCGGCAAGAUUUCUGAGAUGGGCUCAUACCAGGAGCUGCAGGCCCGCCAGGGCGCCUUUGCCGAGUUUCUACACACCUAUGCCAGUGCAGAGAAGGAGCAUAGUGAGCAGGAAGACGGUGGCACAGCCUCAGAUGAAGGGCAAGGGUUGGUGGGUACCAGUGGCCCGGGGAAGGAGCCCAAGCAGAUGGAGAAUGGUGUGCUGGUGUCUGAUACAGCCGGGAAGCAGCUACAGAGACAGCUCAGCAGUUCCUCCUCAUACAGUGGUGACACCAGCCGGCACCAGGGCAGCAGCGCCGAGCUGAAGGCUGACAAGGAGGAACCGUGGAAGCUGGUAGAGGCAGACAAGGCCCAGACAGGCCAGGUCAAGCUGUCCGUGUACUGGGAGUACAUGAAAGCCAUCGGGCUCAUCAUAUCCUUCCUGAGCAUCUUCCUCUUCCUUUGCAACCAUGUGGCUGCCUUGGCUUCCAACUACUGGCUCAGCCUCUGGACGGAUGACCCUGUCGUCAAUGGCACCCAGCAGAACACCAAGCUCCGGCUGAGCGUCUACGGUGCCCUUGGCAUCACACAAGGGAUUGCCGUGUUUGGCUACUCCAUGGUCGUGUCCAUCGGGGGCAUCUUCGCCUCCCGCCACCUACACCUGAACCUGCUACACAACGUCCUCUCUUCACCCAUGAGCUUCUUUGAGCGCACUCCCAGCGGAAAUCUGGUGAAUCGCUUCUCCAAGGAGAUGGACACUGUGGACUCCAUGAUCCCGCAAAUAAUCAAGAUGUUCAUGGGCUCGCUGUUCAACGUCAUCGGCGCUUGCUUCAUCAUCCUGCUGGCCACACCCAUCGCUGCCGUCACCAUCCCACCCCUCGGCCUUAUCUACUUCUUUGUCCAGAGGUUUUACGUGGCAUCAUCACGGCAGCUGAAGCGCCUGGAGUCUGUGAGCCGCUCACCUGUCUAUUCGCACUUCAACGAAACACUGCUGGGCGUUAGCGUCAUCCGGGCCUUUGCUGACCAGCAGCGCUUCAUCCACCAGAGCGACCUGAAGGUGGAUGAGAACCAGAAAGCCUAUUUCCCUAGCAUCGUGGCCAACAGGUGGCUGGCUGUGCGGCUGGAGUGUGUAGGCAACUGCAUUGUGCUGUUUUCGGCCCUGUUUGCUGUGAUGUUCCGGCACAGCCUGAGUGCCGGCCUGGUGGGCCUGUCCAUCUCCUACUCCUUGCAGAUUACCUCGUACCUGAACUGGCUCGUUCGGAUGUCAUCUGAGAUGGAGACCAACAUAGUGGCCGUGGAGAGACUCAAAGAGUAUUCGGAGACGGAGAAGGAGGCACCCUGGCGCAUUCAGGAGACAGCUCCUCCCAGCACCUGGCCCCAGACGGGCCGUGUGGAGUUCCGGAACUUUAGCCUGCGUUACCGAGAAGACCUGGACCUGGUUCUCAAGAACAUCAGCAUCACCAUCGAGGGUGGGGAGAAGGUGGGCAUCGUGGGGCGCACGGGAGCUGGGAAGUCCUCCCUGACCCUGGGCUUAUUCCGGAUCAACGAGUCCGCCCAAGGAGAGAUUGUUAUUGACGGCAUCAACAUUGCCAAGAUUGGCCUGCACGACCUACGCUUCAAGAUCACCAUCAUCCCGCAGGACCCCGUCUUGUUCUCAGGCUCAUUGCGCAUGAACCUGGACCCAUUCAACAAACACUCUGACGAGGAGAUCUGGAACUCUCUGGAACUGGCCCACCUCAAGGGCUUCGUGGCAGCCCUGCCUGACAAGCUGAACCACGAGUGUGCAGAAGGUGGCGAGAACCUCAGUGUUGGGCAGCGCCAGCUCGUGUGCCUGGCGAGGGCCCUGCUGAGGAAGACAAAGAUCCUUGUGUUGGACGAGGCCACAGCGGCCGUGGACCUGGAGACAGAUGACCUCAUCCAGUCCACCAUCCGCACACAGUUUGAAGACUGCACGGUGCUCACCAUCGCCCAUCGCCUCAACACCAUUAUGGACUACAUGAGGGUGAUCGUCCUGGACAAGGGAGAAAUCCUGGAGUACGGCUCCCCCUCAGAGCUGCUACAGCGACGCGGUCUGUUCCACAGCAUGGCCAGGGAUGCUGGUCUGGUGUGAACCCUGACAGGACUGCAAGGCUGCGCCUCAGCCUCCACCACCAAAACCAAAAAGCCCACCCCAGAUGCAGACCCAGACUGAUGCCUACUCGUGCCCCUGACACAGCCCACCUCCGACAGCCCAGGAGGAAAGACUCGGAGGGGGCCUCUCCACAUCUCCAACUCAGCUCCUCCCCGUGUGCGUGAGUGUGAUGCCCUUGGGAGAAAACAGCCCUGUGGAAUCUGCUAGUGACCAAAUCCAGUCUUGGUGCCAUCACUGAUGGUAUCCCAAAACCUUCGAGAAGCUUCUUGGCCCCACAGCCAUCCCAGGAUGCCAGGGAGGUCCAAGUCUGCCUCUCCCACCAAAUGUCAUUUCUGGUGGCUGUUUCUGUUUGGCCUGGCAUAGUGAGUCUCGAGACCCCAGGGCUGUGGCUGGGGAACUGAGGGGUUUCCAGCCCUCUCUUUCCUGUCUGGUCCAGGUUGUCAGUCUCUGGGGUGCUUCCUGCUCCACAACUGCCUUGGCUGGGCUGGAGGAAUUUGCUUCUCAGGCCACAGGCAGCCCUGACAUUGCCUACUUGGGGGUGCCCACUUCUCAAUGUGGCCACUUUCGGGCCUACUCUCUUCUGCCCAUGGGUAGAACAAGGGGGCUCGGGGAGGAUCGUGCCUCAUCGGUCCCCAUGCUCAGGAGGUAUCUAUUGCCCAACACUGCUUGGUACCAAAAAAGGAAUCUAUGCCCCCUUGAAUCUAGCUUUUCGUUUUGAUUCUCCUACCACCCCCAUCUUGCUUAGCAUCUGGCUAUCUAGGCAAUAGCGUGGAAAGCCAGACUUUUGGUUUCUGAAUUUCGGGGAUGACCCGAGAACUCACAUGUGACCAUCAGUGAUGGCUUUUUUUUUCUUCUUCUUCUUCUUUCUUUUUGGUUUUGCUUCUUUUUUAAAAGUCCUUUUCCCUAGAGACACAGGCUCAGGAUGUUUCUUGGGAGGAGGAAGAGGGCUCACUCUACUGGGAGUGACUCAGUGGGUCUUGCUUAUGUACCUGCAGCUGCAGGUGGGAGCCCCCCCCCCCAGGGUAACUCUGAGUUCUGUUGAGAAAUUAGGGUGAGAGGCUCCUACCCCCAGCCUGGGUCUCCCCCCACUCAGGUCUCUCUCUUUGCCCCAGGCUCCCACCUGCUCUGAAUUAAUGUGGUCAGUCUUAGAGCAGAGUCUUUGAGGUGGAAAAAUAUAUUUAUUUUUUUGUAAGUUAUACAUUGUUUCACAUGAGAUAAACCAAGUUUUUCUUGGGGAUCUUUUUGUAAUGACUUACACUGGAAACACAAACAUUUGCAGAUACUUUGCAGUAAAAAAAAAAAAAAAAGGAAAAAGACAUUUUUCUUU